ACAAAGUACAAGGAAAUGGAAACUCUUGCUUGUAAUUUUCAUUCAUUUAUCUUAAAUUCAUCAAAUUCUCAAACUCUCUCUUCUCUUAAAUUUCCUCUUCACCAGAUACACUCCAUCUCAUCAGCAACAAGCUUGAGCUUGAGGAUGGCUCACCCUCACUCUGCCCAAAGUCCAGUGAUUGAGCAACAGAGAGUCAUAAUUCCAAACAAGCAUGGAGAAAAGCUUGUGGGAUUAUUACAUGAAACUCGGUCUAAAGAAAUUGUAGUCUUAUGCCAUGGAUUCAAAUCCACCAAGGCUGAUCGUACUAUGGUGAACCUUGCUCUUGCUUUGGAGAAAGAAGGAAUCAGUGCCUUUCGUUUCGACUUUGCUGGAAAUGGAGAAAGUGAAGGUUCAUUUGAGUUUGGUAACUAUUUGCGAGAAGCUGAUGAUUUACAUGCUGUCACCCAGUACUUUUGGGGGGCAAACCGCAUGAUAAGUGCAAUACUUGGGCAUAGCAAAGGAGGCAACGUGGUGCUUCUCUAUGCUUCUAAGUAUCAUGAUAUCCACACAGUUGUCAAUGUUUCUGGCCGCUAUGAUUUGAGGAAAGGCAUUGAAGAACGCUUGGGAAAAGACUUUAUGGACAGAAUUAAGAAGAAUGGAUUUGUUGAUAUUAAGAAUAAGACAGGAAGUGUUGAAUUUCGUGUGACUGAGGCAAGUUUGAUGGAUCGCUUAAAUAUAGACAUGCGUGAAGCAUGUCUUAAGAUCCCUGGAGAAUGCAGGGUGUUGACAGUCCAUGGAUCUGCUGACAAAGUAAUACCUGUUGAAGAUGCAUUAGAAUUUGCCAAGAUCAUACCUAACCACAAAUUACACAUUGUAGAAGGAGCUGAUCAUAACUACACUUGUCAACAAACUGAAUUAGCAUCUAUCGUUUUGAGUUAUUUAAAGGCAGCUUUACAGCAAGACUAGGGCACACCUAAUUACUGGGUACUUUUUUUGCUAAUAAGCAGAUGGAAUGUUUCCAUUGUAAGAUGUAGAAAUAGCAUAUACUGGUCAUUGCUCUUUUAUGCGCUUGGAGACAAGUCUAUGUACAUAAGUUGGCAUUAAAAAGGCAUUUCAGGGUUGUUACCAAGUUAGCUAAUUUAAUCCUGGUCGGGACUCGCAGUUUGAAAGUUUUUUGUGA